CUGGUGACGGAAGCCGGGAGGCGGCGCGGCUGCCGGCGCUUCUAGUAGAUUCUACAGCGGCGGCGGCGGUAGCGGCAGCGGCGGGUCCGGGUCCCGAUGGCCAAGUGGGGCGAGGGAGACCCGCGCUGGAUCGUGGAGCAGCGCGCCGACGCCACCAACGUCAACAACUGGCACUGGACAGAGCGCGACGCGUCCAACUGGUCAACGGAGCGGCUGCGCGCGCUGCUGCUGGGGGUGCGCGUGCGGGGUGCUGAGGGCACGUGCGAGGUGACCGAGGUGAGUCGGCUCGAGGGCGAGGCCUCCAUCAACAACCGCAAGGGCAAGCUUAUCUUCUUCUACGAGUGGAGCCUACGCCUGGCCUGGACGGGCACAUCGGCAGCAGGGGUGACAUACAAGGGCUACGUGGAGAUCCCCAACCUCUCGGAUGAGAACGACGUGGAUGAGGUGGAGAUUGGCGUUGGGCUGGUUAAAGAUGAGCCUGACACAAACUUGCUGGCCUUAAUGAAGCAAGAGGGCACAAGGCUGAUCAGAGAUGCAGUGAGCACAUACAUCAGCACCCUAAAAUCAGAGUUCACCCAAGGCAUGAUCUUGCCCACAGUGAAUGGUGAGCAGACGGAGCCAGCUCCACAGCUGAUGCCCAGAGCAGAGGAGCAAAAGACCACUGCUAAUACUAGCACUGCGGCACCUCAGCCUAAAUCCAUAGGAGUCAAGAUCCCCACCUGUAAAAUCAAUUUGAAAGACACUUUCCUAACAUCUCCUGAGGAGCUCUACAGAGUGUUCAUCACCCAGGAGAUGGUGCAGGCUUUCACCCAUGCACCAGCAGCUGUAGAUGCUGACAAGGGAGGGAAGUUCCAUCUGCUGGAGGGCAGCGUCAGUGGAGAGUUUAUCAACCUAGUCCCAGAGAAGCAGCUUGUUAUGAAGUGGAGAUUUAAAUCUUGGCCAGGUGGGCACUUUGCAACCAUUACCUUGAACUUCAUUGAUAAAGGUGGUGAGACGGAAGUGUGCUUGGAAGGCAAGGGCAUUCCUGCCAGUGAGGAAGAGCGAACACGGCAAGGCUGGCAGCGUUACUAUUUUGAGGGCAUUAAACAGACAUUUGGCUAUGGCGCCCGCUUGUUUUAACAUCAGCUGCUGGCAGGUCUCUGCCCAAAGGUUCUGCCGUGUGGACUAAUUGGCGUCUCAUCUCACGUCUUCUGUUCUUGGCAUCGCUGCUAUGAAGAGUGGGAUGGCAGCACCAUGAGGAAAGGCCACUUGUAGCCCUCACUGCUUCGUGCAUGUCUCAUGCCGUGGGGGCAUCUGUCACUUGUAUAUACAUCUAUUGCUAAAUAAACUUAACUUAAAAAAAGAAACC